GAGAUGAAGUUCGUCGUGAUCCGGACUUCAAUGCAUGAGAUGCGGAUUCUUGAUUUGACAUGGCGUCCAACGAUUUUGGCCCCCGAUGGAACGUUGAAAUCCGCCGAGAUCGAGUUUCACCGGUUCAUGUGCCAGGGCGCCAUUCGGCAGGGGAGGGCGACCCGGGGGAAGGUGUACCAGAUCAGGAUGUCGUGUCGAAGUCCACCGGAAUCCGCACUGCAAAGGAAGGUGGUCUUUCGUCUGCGAUUUCUGUUGCACGGGGUGGAAUUUCGUCGGUCAAUGAGGAGGGGCAGGCAACAACAUUGGAGGGACGAAGGGGACGAAGGGUAUGAAGGGGAUGAAGGGGAAGAAGAGGAAGAGGGGGAAGAAGAGGAAGAAAAUGAUUUGAAGGGGAUGGAUGAGGUGGAUGAGGUGGAUGAGGUGGAUGAGGUGGAUGAGGUGGAUGAGGUGGAUGAGGUGGAUGAGGUGGAUGAAGGGGACGAACGGGACAGUGAAAAUGUUGAGGAUGAAAAAGAUGAAGCGAAAGAAAUAAUGGAAGAAAAGCAAGAGGAAGAAAGCAUGGAGGAUCCUGAUAUAGAGGAGAUGGAAGAGGAUGCUUGAUGUAGUGAGUCCUCUGACGAGUUCGGAUCUCUUAACAAACAAAAUCGUCGACAUAAC